AUGAGGUAUGCAGAUAUAGGACUAAAGCCCAAGCCCCUCAAAACUUAUGAGGAAUUCACUCAUUGAAGAAACAUUCUUAGGGCAGUGCCAUAUGAGAUGCUGAAAAUAUACCCCCCUCACCCCGCCAUCCCUGCACUGUCGCCAACAGACCCUCCAAAGGUGCCUAUUUUCCAGGGACAGCUCCAAAUUUACAAAAGCUGUCCCAGCAGUCCUUUCUUUUUUUUUUUCAGGGGGUAGUCAAGGGUACGCAGUACCAGCACCUCUUACAGGGAACCAGGCAGAGGGCCUUCUCAGUAGUGCCACCCGCCCUGUGGAACGCCCUCCCACCAGAUGUCAAAGAGAAAAAUAACUACCAAACUUUUAAAAGACAUCUGAAGGCAGCCCUGUUUAGGGAAGCUUUUAAUGUUUAAUAGGUUAUUGUAUUUUACUGUUUUGUUGGAAGCCGCCCAGAGUGGCUGGGGAAACUCAGCCAGAUGGGUAGGGUAUAAAUAAUAAAUUGUUGUUGUUGUUAAAAAGUGUGGCACUUACUGUAACAACUGAUGAGUGCUGGCACCUAUUUGUCUAGAAAACCUCUGCAUCCCAGUUUCUGAUUUGAUCCGGGAAUGUCCCGCUUUUCCUUAGGACGUCCCUAUUUUCAUCGGAGAAAUGUUGAAGGGUAUGGAAUUAUGUGACCGCAGAGCCAAGGAGAUAAAUAAACUAUGCAAACUUUAGAAGGCAUCUGAUGGCAGCCCUGUAUAGGGAAGUUAAAAAAAAUAUUAAAAUGUUUUGUUAUGUUUUUAUAUCUGUUGGAAGUCGCCCAGAGUGGCUGGGGCAACCCGGUCAGAUGGGUGGGGUAUAAAUAAUAACGAUGAUGAUGAUGAUGGAAUAGGAAGUCCCUGUUUUCAUCUGAGAAAUGUUGGAGGACAUAGCCAAAAGCUGCCCAGAGCUUCACAGCGAGCCUUGUUGCCCUUUGGAAGAAGGCAGAGUAGGGAAAGAAGCGAAAAGUUUGGGAAUUGCCUCCAAACUGAGACGCCAGCGGGCAGCUUUCUCUGCCUGCUCCGUUCCUCGCGCCAGAGGGCAUAGUCCGGGCUUCCCUCCCUCUUCCGAGCAGGGUAAAAUCCGAGCCCGCCGGCAGGCGGUACCCGCUUCGUGUCGCGCCGCCCUGCUCCUCCGGACGAGCCGCAAGCCUGGCGGUGGGAGGACCAGGCCGGAGAAAGCUCUGCCCCCCGGCCCGGCCCUCCGCUCCCGCCCCUCGGCUCCUCUCCCUCUCCCGGCCUGUGCCGACGUGGCCGGGCGGAGAGCGGAAGGCGCCCGGGGCGCGCCAAGCAGACAGCGGCUCAGCGGUAAGAGGCGACGCGGCUUCUCCUCCUUGUCUUUUGCUCCCCUCGGCGACUAGGGGACUUUUGAAGCGCUCCUCGCGCCGAAAAGUUUCCUUCCUUUCCCUCGGCGAUGGUGUUCGGUAUUGAUGGGCGAGGAAGAGCCCGGCGUAAUCUUCUGCCUGCGAGAAGUUUGCAAGCGGGAGCAGUGAAACUCGCCGCAACCAUAACUCAAGCCUUUGUCUCAGGGAAGGGGAAGGGUGGGUACGGAGGGCUCUCUGUCGUCUCCAGCCACGGGUUUAUAUGGGCCCACUUAGAAGAGAGAUCUCCAAAGGGCAGCAACCGUUGGAUGGAUGGAGGCGUGGGGAGGCUUCCCCUAAAGCGAUUCGCGAGAACCGCUUGCAAAUCGGUUUGUUUUAAGGAAGGCAGACCCUGUGUGCCAUCCCGAGGACGCCUUUCGGUGGCGCCUCCCUGGGAAAAUAGAUGCUAUGCGCACACAAAAGGGGAACGGGCAAGAGGGCAGUGGGGCUGUCGCCUUCCCAUCAAGUAAAUAAAUAAAAAUACAUAACUAAAAGUAGAAAUUGUAGGAAGAUUUUUUCCUGAGCAUUUGGGGUCCAAAUAAAGUAAUUUAAAACAACUGUUGCGGAGGCAGUUCCUUCCAGAUCUGCUAGACAGGUGACAGGGUGUCCUGCUCCCACACCAUCCUGGCUUCCUAUCCCUCCACUAAAAUAAAUCCUGGCUGUGCCCAUGAGAGGUAGAAAAGUGUGCUUCCUGCAUUGCAAGGGGUUGGACUAGAUGGCCCUUAGGGUCCUUUCCAACUCUACAAUUUGAUGAGUCUGUAUCCACUGAUGUAAAAGGUGUUUGUGUGUGUGUAUGCACAACAAGGCACUGGUGACUGGCCUGUGCUCCCUGCCACGUGUGCAUGUCUGUAAAAUGCACGCUUCUUUCUUGUAAUGUGUGAAUCGGCCAUUCCUUUUGAAGUGUGGAUUAAGUAUUGAAGAACACUGCGUUAAGGCGUUCGCUCUCAGCAGAUGUCAGUCUAAUCCCAGGCAUAGGCUUGUUUAAUUUAUACCUGUUCAUAGCAUAAAGGUAAACUGGGCGGCAAACUAGACAUAACAUGAACAGCCAUGCUUGUUUAUUCAUGUGUCUAUCCCAUUCAUGUAUAACACAGGGAAGGGAUUUAUCAUUUUAACAGCAGAAGCUGAAUGGCUUCUGACACUUUCCCCCCAAAGACAGCUCACUUCUAGAAUAGGUACCAGUUAUUUGUAGUGUGGGAAGCUAAGUUGGACAGGAAGGAGGGUUCAGUUUGCAUUACCUGCAUACACUUUCUGUUGUAAAAUGUCUCUUUGUUGUAAAAUGUGUUUCAUGUACAUGGACACACACAAACACUGUAUAGAGCAGUCAUGUGAACCAAUAAAUGUGACUACCCAUCACACGUCUGGUUGGAACUAAUUACCUGUAAAGAUAGUUUGGUUUGUUAUUUUGCUGUUUGCGUUAUGGCAUAAGAUAUUUCAGAGGGUUGCAAGAACUAAACAAAAUAAAAGUAUUGUAGCACCUUAAACACUUAAGGGAUUUAUUAUGGCAUAAACUUUCAUGGACUCAAGUCCACUUGGGCCAGGUGCAUGAUAAGAUAUGUAGCUUGUUGAUGUAACUUUAAUUUAUUAUGUUGUGAGUGGCUGUUAGGGGCUGUCAAACCAUAUUGAUGGUAAAAGAAAUCUUAAAAAAAAAGUCUGUAAUAAAUCAAAAGUCAGACAUUGCAAUGUCAAAGAGUUCUACAUUUUAGGUCAGUUUACUUGAAUGAACCAAAUUCUGCCAAGUGGCUUUGUAUUUUCCUUAUUAUGAUAAUACAGCAGCCUUACAGGACAGUAUAUGGAAUAAAAGAUGGCUGGCCCUAUAGGUAAAUUGGGACAGCCAUAUUUUUUUCUAUACUAUUAUGCAGGAAGGAGUCACUUCUUCUUCUUUCUUCUUCUUCCAUUCAAAAUGUUUCAAUGAGUGCAGCAAGCACCAUGCUUCUAGCUGCUCCAAGCAGUUGCAAAUUGUUCUUGAAAAGAAGAGCUGUUGAAGCCUUUGCACCACCAUGUAAGUGCUUUAUAAUUAAAACAAAAAAAUUACUGUACUUUUCUGUGUAUAAGACUAUGUUUUUUUCUUUAAAAAUCAUGCUAAAAAGUGGGGGUCGUCUUAUACAUGGGUAGUGCAUAGGGUGGAUAUUUGAUUGGUUGCUGCCACGGCUGUCAGCAGCUAUCAGACAGGAGGUGGAUUUAGCAACGCGUGUUGGUGAGUGAUUUUCAGCAAUCCCCCCUAAAAAAGCUCAACAACUCUGUGUCAUCUCCCCCCAUUUUCUUAAAUUUGACUCCCCAAAAAUAGGACGCGUCUUAUGGACAGAAAAGUAAGGUAAUUUGAAGGGUGUUGCAUUGAAACAAUUGCUGAAAUAAAGGAGGGAACCUUCAUUUUAGCAGCACCUUGCUAUCUGCAUGGUGCUUUAAAGUCCCAACUUUGGGGCCUCAAAGCUCAGCCAAAUUGAGCAGGUUCAGGUGCACAAGAGACUUUCCUUCACAGCAACGUUGUGUGCCCAGACCAUGCAGGAUUGACCUCACCACACAUAAUGCACAGGAGUAGAAUUCUACCUUAUGCAAAGCUUCAAAAACUGCUGAAGCACGUUGUAAGGGGGCAUUGCAGCUGGUGCCAAUUUGGAGACAAAUCUUUCUGAGCCCCUCUUAGCCAUGUCUUCAUCCCGGUCUAGAUGAUAGGAGACACAAAUAUGUUCAAAUAGGAGAAUUUUUUUUUUAAGUUUUCAUAUAAUCACAACAUUGUAUUACAAGCAUGUUGAUUUCUUUUCCUGCAGAAUUUUCUUUUAAAAAUGUCAGGUGACGGAAGUGAAGUGUUUACGCAAGAGAAAAUAUUGGAACAUGGCAGCAAUGCUUCAGCUUCUGAGAGAGCAAUGCAGAAUGAUAAGAGGCAACGUUCUGAAAGCUCUAGCAAUGAACAGGAAGGCGACCAGAUGUCUUCAGGGCAUCCUUCAAAUGUGGAACAUUCCAGUGGAGGCAUAACUACAGAUGUUCCUACUGAUUGCAGUGAAUCUGUGAGCCUUGAACCAGAACCUGGAUCUGAAGAACUGAACAAAAAUAAUGGCCCAGUAAGAUUUUUUUUAAAUCUCUUAUUUAUUUUGUUCAUGCAGUAUACAAAGAUGUGUCAUAAUUAGAACAGUGAUGCAGAGUCCCUAGAUGACCAUACACACAGUUGCUGGUUAUAGAGAGAGGUGGGAGACAGUGACUCAGGGCUGCCAUUUUCAGCAACAGGGCAACACAAGAGGGGUUGCCUUGUUCUCCUAGUAGUGCCAAUCCUUCAUAAUGUGCCUUGCCAGCCCUUCUUCCGGCUGCUUUUGUUAGUUGUGCACUCCCAUAUAGCAUGCCAAAGGAAUGUGCACUGCCAUCGAUUACUGUGGUUGGCAUUAUAUAAAAAUCAGUUCAAACAGAAACAACAGACUAUGCUUUUGUCCCUGUAAUGUGUGUUUGCAUAAUAUUCUUGCAUUCUUCCAAGUGUGGGUUACUGUAUGCCUUUGGUUUCUGUGAAGAUAUGUUUGGGAAUGCACAAUAGUUUCUGUCUUUGGUUAUCAGCGUUCCAAGUCAGCAGCAGUUGGUGGGGCAGCAAAGGCAGAGUGCUGUUGUGCUCCUGGAACAAAACCAUGUUGGCUUCCUUCCUGCCAUGUUUCAGCAUGUUUAGGGACUAUCUUGCCUGUAGUAAGAGAUUCCAGAGAGGCAGUAAUUCGGAUUUUUUUAGGGAAGAUAAAACAUCCUAAGAUAGCUAGCUUGCCUCUGGCAAACCAAGAAUAAGCAAUGUACAGUACACUACAUUGAGAGCCCAGAAUGGUCAAAAGUUGAAAGGGAAAAGCUAAACUUCAUGUAUGAUUGAACUUUCCUUGGUGCUAAAGUUUCACAAAAGUUAAGAGUAUGUCUGUAGAUGGAAGCAUAGAACUGGCAGCAACAUCAUUAUUGCUUGUGUGCCUAUAAUAAAUAAUAAAACUAUAGCAGCAAUAGCUGCUUUUUCUCCAGUCAGCAGAAUUUAAUCAAUUUUCAAUCAGAUUGCAUUCAGCUAAUUCUUCAUGUAAGCUGAAAAGAUGCUUGAUUGAUUUCAGGUGAAAGGGAUAUAAACCAAAGCCUGCAAGAGGAGAUUAUUCAUUCACUCCAUCUGACAGUGAGAAUCAUACAUAUAAAUAACUUCCCUUCCCACCUGCCACCCAGCAUUCCAGUUUUGUUUCAGCCAGAAGUGGCUUAGUCAUGCUGGCCACAUGACCCAGAGCUGUGCAUGGCUCCUCAGCCAGUAAUGCGGGACAAGCACCUACAAGCGCUCUAGAGUUUCGGCUCACGACUAGUACCUCAUGGUGCAGGGUCGCUUCUAACUUCACAGUACCCCACACUCUUCUGCAGCUGUACAUUCUGGAGGCAAAUGUUAAUGCGCUGGCAAGUGAUCCUUAGGAAUGUGUGUCAGCAUCGCUUAUCGCUGCUGAUAGUGGCAUGAGACCAGGCCCUGCGAUGUGAAAUGCCUACACCAGGACACGUGCUAUAAGGUUAACAGGCAUGUAAGGCCACAACUACAUUACUUACAGCGAAGAGGUACUGGCUUAGGCAUUGGACGUCUAAAACAAGUGGGUUAAUCCACCAGUAGUCUAGGGCCUGCUGAUCAGCUAAUCCAGCUAUAGGCGGCUCUGAUGUCACCGCAACGGGCGUGCCAGGCCUCCCACCAAGCAGGCAUCGGCCAGAACACCUGACCAGCCUAGAUUCAGUUCGGAAUACGCCAAAGUUGCAAGGCAUAGGCGAUGGCACACCUAGCCCUUCGACACGCCACAGCGCAUUAUUCCAAUGCCUAACCUACCGCCAAUACCACGCAAUGCUCUGGUUUGCCAGAGGUGGCGUAAAGCCAAAUGCCUAGUGCCACAUGGAAAACUCCUACAGGCCCCUGGACAGCCAGGGCGACCAACCUAAGGCCCAGUAGCAAGGCCAGACGACCCAGCCCUAACUCUAAGGGAGUGGAGGGUGGGUGACUCGCGACUGACGACGGCUAAGAAUGAGGUCAGGGAGGCUGGCACCUGCAGCAAGGCUGCUGAACACGACCUCCAGGCACCUGGUCUGGAUGCCUGCAGAGUGCGUGGAGCGCAACCAGGUGAGGUGGAGGCAGGGGGCUACGCCCCCUGCUAGGGGCGGUGCUCGGGCUCCUGCCCACAACCACUCCCCUCUCUUCCAGGGAGGAGAGUCUUUAGGAAACCCACAAACUUCUAAGGAACCCCAAAAUUUUCUGGAACCCAAUUAGAAAACCACUGUUCUAAUGCAACCUUGGUUAUUGAAUCAGUUAAAAGACACUCAUUGUAGGCCAGCAUCCUGAAGCUGUUUUUUUCCAGAAGGACAUGCUGCAUUAAGCAUGUGAUAGUUCCAUUCAAAAAUGAAGAAUCAAUGUUCAUGGUUUGGGAGGAACAGACUAUGAGAGCUGGCUUGAACAUAACACUAAGCCUGGCCUUUGGGUUUGUUUUCUUGGCACCAGAAAGACACAAUUGAACAGUGUGCACCUGCAUGCUGUUUGUUCAUGGUAAGCCCUGGUUUAUUUCUGUCUCUAGCCUAGCAUCAUGUGUGAAGCAGCCUAAUUAAGGUGAGUGGGGACAUAUCACCCCCAUUAUUCUUUUUCUAAAAAUGGAAGUAUCUAUAUUGGAAAAAUACAAAUUGUGCUGACAGUAUCCUUAACAUAUCUUUCUGCAGGACACGGAUUCAUCUCCUAAAGGGAGUGGAUGGACAACUUGGGGAUCAUGGGGCAAAUCCCUGCUUUCAACAGCUUCUGCUACAGUUGUUAAGUAUCCAAACCAUGAAUAUAUAAAAUAUUUUAAAGUAAUUGAUUUGAUAUCUAAAAGGUAUAAAUAAGCCCUUGACAUCAGCAGGUACUGUAAUACACUUCUCCCCCUUCCUUUUUGGGACAAAGUAAAAAUGAUAACCGAGAUGAAUAUAACAUCAGUCUGGCAACUCCUUAAGACUUCUUGCUAGCAUGUUUCCCCUGAAACCCCUGCUCUCCCAGCCACUUUUCUUUCUGCAGAGAUUCAGACCCGUGUUUGCAAAUAAACACAGGGCUAGGAAAAAUUCAUGGGAAAAGCUUUCAAAGGAAAUAUGUUGCCGGGAAAUGAGCUAAUUACUCCCUUCCAUGCCAUCCCUCUAUUGCAAGUCACCCUUUUCCCAAAGAUCCUUUAUGAGGAAAAAUAUGUCACUGGGCCAAAACUAGACUCAGCUAUGUUGUAAAUAAUGCUUGGUUUGGCCCUAAAAGGAUAGCAAGAGGAAUAGUUCCAUCAAAUAUAGGCUGGUUCUCGUGUGUAUGUACAUAGGCCAAUAAGGCAUAUUAUAUGGUGGUUGAUUGCUUGGGGCUUCUCAUCUGAAAUGUGUGAACUGUCUGUAUUAAAAAGCAUUGUGUUUGUAAGGUAAAGGACCCCUGGAUGGUUAAGUCCAGUCAAAGGCGACGAUGAGGUUGCGGUGCUUAUCUCACUUUCAGGCUGAGGGAGCCGGCGUUUGUCCACAGACAGCUUUCCAGGUCAUGUGGCCAGCAUGACUAAACUGCUUCUGGUGCAACAGAACACCGUGACAGAAACCAGAGUGCACAGAAACAUAGUAUUUGUACAUGCUAUAUGGGAUAUGAAAACUCUGUCUGCAGUUCUUGAUCUUUGAUGGCUCAUCAAGUCAUCUCUUGAGGCCUCAGUUCCCCCCUGAGAGACAGAAAGUGGAUCGGGCUUCCCCAUCCCAGGGAAUCAAAUAUCACUGUUACCUUACAAUUAUUCUGUUGCAGUAUUCAUCUUGUGUGGCCUGCAAAAUCUGGUUUACUCUGCCACAUAAGAGAAGUGGUGCCAUAGCCAUAUGCUAGAGUUAAACUCGCCCCCUUACAGCUUGGUCCAUAAACCAGUUAAAGUAUAAAGUAUGUGGAUUUAAAUCCAAAUGGUUUUGUGACAGAUUCUCUCCAUGAUUCAGCAGUAAUAAUCAAAGCGCAUCCACUAGAACAGGCAACAGAGUUUCAGUUCUGUUCCUUGUCCUAUUACUUAGUGAUCAUUUUACCACCAGAUUGCUGCUUGCCCACUCAAGCAUGACAAAUAUUUGCUGCAUCUUGCUUUAUUUGUUAAAACUCCAUGUCCUAGAAGAACUGCAUUUGCAGCUAUGCGCCAUCAAUCAGAUUUAAAGUAAUUCUUAAAAGGAUUAAAUUUCUUCAAGGUAAAACUGAAAUGCUUGUUCAAAAUUGAUAUUGCAAUGCCCCGUUUCUCUUUCAAUCAGGUUAUUUUUUUAUUUUAAGAAUUUCUUUUCUUUUUCAACUGAGAAGCAAUUUCAUCUUCAGUAUUUUCAAGCAAGAAUUUGUAUUCAUCUAAUUAUUGUUCUCUAGUUAACAACCUUUAUUAUAAACCCAACAAAUUAAUCUUUCUCAGCAGAAAAGCAGGCAAAAAUCCUAGUAUAUUGUUUCAUGCUUUUAAAAAUGCUGAGGUGCCAGAAAAAAUGAAUGAUUAGUAAAGUUAUUGGUACAUAGAUUUUCUUGAAAAUGAGAGCAUGCAUGGAUUUUUAAAAGAAAAUAGCUAAGGAACAAGAGAACUGCAGUAACAGAAAGUAAUGGGUGGAGUGGGCUGCGUGGGAGAGACAUUGUUCUCUCUGGAAAGUCUUGUGGAAGAAGAAUAGCCAUGAAAAAAGAAGCUGUGUUUUAAAACAUAUUUUAUGGUUUUCUCUUGCUGCCAUGAAACGUAAUAACACAUUUCAGGCUAUGGUAUAUUAUAUAGGAAAUCCAGGAUUUAUAUCAGUAAUAUGGGAGUUCAUAUACAGUGGUGCCUCACAAGACGAAUGCCUCGCAAGACGAAAAACGCGCAAGACGAAAGAGUUUUCCGUUUUUUGAGUCAUUCCGCAAGACAAAUUUCCCUAUGGGUUUGCUUCGCAAGACGAAACGUCUUGCGAGUUCUUGCGAGUUUGUUUCCUUUUUCUUAAAGCCGCUAAGCCGUUAAUAGCCGCUAAUAGCCGUGCUUCGCAAGACAAAAAAACCGCAAGACGAAGAGACUCGCGGAACGGAUUAAUUUCGUCUUGCGAGGCACCACUGUAUACACAUACAUUUGCGCGCGCUCUCUCUCUCUCUCACACACACACACACACACACACAAACCAGUGUUGCAAUCAAUUAAGGAUUUGUGCUUCUAUUAGAUAUUGAUUUACUUGUAAUAUGUUGUCAGAAUCUGAAAAGGUGCAUCCCUGAGGAAAUGAGUAAUUGAAAUUGCUAUUAGAUUAUCUCUUCAAAGCAUACUUAAGAAUAUUGGAAUGUGAGGAAUAUGAAAUUAGUUGGUGGGUUCAGAAUUAAAUGAAGCUCAGAAAGCGGGUCAGUACAAGCAAUACAAAUGUUUAUGAAUUUGCUGAAGUUAAUCUGAAGUAAUUAAAUCCCCAGGAAGCCAACCCAAAGACCUAAAGGAAGUGAAUAUUGAAGUGGUGAUGUUUGUUGAUGAUUCAAAGCAAUUUCUAGAUGAUUAAAAUAGAUUCUGAGGGAAUCCAAACGGUUUUCAUAACACCUGAGACAAGACAGUUAAAUUAAAAAUAGAAUUUAAUGUCAAUGACUCUGAAGUGAUGCACAUUAGAAAAGAAAUCCAAUCUGUUUUAUCUUUUGAGGGUGGGUUCUUAAUUAGGUUCAUGUACACAGCAAAUAUAACUUGGAUUAGUAAGACUACUCCUCAGAAAUAGCAGUAUAUUGCAGUAUAUUGCUUGGUUAUUGAGUGGAAGAACUAAACCUGAAUGGGAUUCACCUGUUUCCAGAAAUGUCUCUAGAGGGCCAGUGGCCCCUUCUGAAGAGCAUGUGAUGAGGAGCGAUGGGGUGCGGUGGGAAGAGGGAAUUGCCCAAAAUCAGCUGUAGGCCAAGUUUGCAUGUGAUGUCGCACAUCUGUGUUGCAGUGGUGGGCACCCACAAUCCUUCCAGAAUUGCUAUAGUUUUCCAAACAUGCCAGGAUAUUAAGCCAAUUUUAAGUCAAGGCUUCAUAUCCUUAUUUGUUCAGAAACCAUUACCCAUUGUUUUCCAGUACAGACCCAAAAGGAAACUAGUUUACUAAGACUUCCUGACUUGUGUAAAGGGAGGACUGCAGCAGUUGCAUGUGAGUUUAUAUCUUGACUUAUUAAGGUGAAAAAUGAUUGUCCGAAUGCAUCCAGUGGCUUGCCUAAGGCCACCUUGUGAGUUCUUUUUAGAGAGCAGUUUUGAACUGUGGGCCUCUGCCUCCACAAUUUAAUUACUUAGGCACUUCAUCAGCCCUCAAAAGCUGUCCCACUAGUCGUCAUGAAGCAUGACAUUAUACUAGCACGUAGGAAAACUGCAGAUCUCAUAAAUUCUGCAACACAGACAUUUAGGAUUGCUGUGUGAGGCAAGCAUCGUCUUUUAAACAUAGAAACCUGAAGCAGUGGGUUGCUCUGUUGGUGAUCUAAUGUACUUGCCGUCUAAAUAUUUGGUCUUCGAUUGGUGAAUCAUGACCCAUUGGAAGGUUGCAACCUGGUCUAAGGUGGAUUGCCUAGUCUGCUAACCAGCAGCAUAGCAACUGCCAUCUAGGUGUGUUGUAGCUUAAGAUGGACCAUGGAGGUGCUAUGGUAAGAUUAAAAAAAAAAGUUUUACUCUCCUUUAUAAACAUAGCUACCAAAAUAAAUACUUUCAGAAAUCUUGUAAUUGCUUUGUUUGACUGGGAGAAGCAAGACAUUCAGUCACAUUCUUGUGAGCAGACCAAAAAUGCUUGCCUGCCACAGGUAUCAUGGUUUCAGUGCAUAACACCCAGCCCCAUUGUAGAUUAUAAAGUGCCAAGCGACUGCAUGGCCCCGCUAGACUUUCUGGUGCCAGUGUAACACAAUGGCAAUGAUGGCGAUACUCCCAUAGUACCCAUGCAAAUAAGACAUUGUCAGUUCCUAGCUACAAGGAUGCUAUGAUUAUGAUGGAACUAAUCCAUACUUAGUGAUGUAUGGAAGUGAAAGCUGGACCAUAAAGAAGGCUGAUUGCUGAAGAAUUGAUGCUUUUGAAUUAUGGUGCUGGAGGAGACUCUUGAGAGUCCCAUGGACUGCAAGAAGAUCAAACCUAUCCAUUCUGAAGGAAAUCAGCCCUGAGUGCUCACUGGAAGGAUAGAUCGUGAAGCUGAGGCUCCAAUACUUUGGCCACCUCAUGAGAAGAGAAGACUCCCUGGAAAAGACCCUGAUGCUGGGAAAGAUGGAGGGCACAAGGAGAAGGGGACGACAAAGGACGAGGUGGUUGGAUAGUGUUCUCGAAGCUACCAGCAUGAAUUUGACCAAACUGCGGGAGGCAGUGGAAGACAGAAGUGCCUGGCGUGCUCUGGUUCAUGGAGUCACGAAGAGUCGGACACGACUAAACGACUAAACAACAACAACAACAAUCCAUACUUCCUCCAGCACAUGAAGCAUCCCAUGGUCCAGUUUAGGAGGACAGCAAGUAACCCAUGAUAGCCACAAUUUUCAGAGCUUCCCUCUGACAACGGUUCGAAUGUCUUCACAGUUAAAACACAACCAUCAGCAGUUUGCAAACCUUUGUUAAGCAUCCUUGCUGAGGCUUCUAUAUUCCUCCAGGUGCUCUGAUUGGCUGCUCCUGCACAGACAUUUGGGAUUCUCCAUUAAUGCCAGUGGGAGUUUUAAAAAGUAUUUUGCUGGCAGAAUGUGGCACUAUGUUUCGAGGUGGGACCAACUUGUAAGUGAGCAUAGUAUCUGAGCUAAACCCCUGCCUAGCAUAGUGUAAAGCAAAUUGGUAAACAUGUUUCUUUCAAGCAGUCAGCAAGGUAAAAUUCUGCUUCUAAACUGACUUCUCAGUUUGGCUCCUUUGAGUCGUCAUCCCACCCCACCCCAAUAUACGUUUUUACCCUUAGGUGCAAUUUCUCAGCAGUUCUGUUUUAUAAUGUUGCAAUAUCUUAUGUAAUGGAAUGAUGUUUGGGGGAUAGUUAUUAUUGAAUUCAUUGGUACAUCUCAUGAGUAUUUUCGCUAGUGAUCGCAAAACCUUGAAGCAUUACAGGAACCUUUCUUCUCAUCCAUAUUCCUAGCCCUUUAUUGCAUCUUGUUCUAAUUGGAUUUCGCUGAAGCGUAAAAAUAUAAAUAGUUUGUUCCAAACCAAUAACAAUCUAUUUUACCACCAUGGCAGUUCCUCAUAAAAUGCUUACUUAUAUUUUGAUUUAUAAACUCCACUCAAUUAACCACAUCUUGUUGAUAGCAAUAAAGGGAGUGAACUAGCGAAGUCAAACUUAACGCUCUCCAGUUAAAGAUAAUGCAGUGGGCAACAUGAUCCCAUGUGUAUUUACUCAGUUUACUUGUGAGUAAGUAUUCUUAAGUUGCUUGAAAAGUGCUGAAAUUUGGAUGGAUUGUGCCCCCAAGAAAUCCUAGCAUUGAUUUAUGUUCUUCUAUCUAUAUGUAUGACUGGCCAAACAGGAAUAAUUCUAUAACAGCAUGACAACGACAACAACAACUAGUUUUAUUAUUUACAUGCUGCCCAUCUGACUGGGUUGCCACAACCACUCUGGACGGUUGCCAACAAAACAUUAAAAACACAAUAAAGCAUCAACCGUUAAAAACUUCUCUGAACAGGGCUGCCUUCGCUUGUCUUCUAAAAGUCAACUAGUUGUAUAUCUGUUUGACAUCUGAUAGGAGAGUAUUCCACAGAGCAGGUGCCACCACCAAGCACCCCCUCUGCCUGGUUCCCUGUAGUUUCACAGCUCGCAGUGAGGGAACCAUCAGAAGUCCAUUGGGGCUGGACCUCAGUGUCCAGGCUGAACGAUGGAGGUGGAGAUGCCUCUUCAGGUAUAUAGGGCCAAGGCCGUUAGGGCUUCAAAGGUCAACACCAACACUUUGAAUUGUGCUCAGAAAUGUACUGGAAGCCACUGUAGAUCCUUUAGGGCUGGUUUUAUAUGGUCCCACAUUCAAUCUGUCCUAAAAUCUUAGCCUUUUAUUUACUUUAGUUAAAAUUCUCCUUUUAACUGGGUUAUUUAGCUCAUUUCACAGAACUGUUGUAUAUGAAAUAAUUGUGUCAUUGCAGGCCAUGGGCUAACAGCAGUUAAGGAAAAAGCAGCCACUCUCAGAAUUCAUGUCCCGGGAACACCAGAAGAUGUACAUCCUUCUGACCCAGCAGAAAGCCCCAUCCCAGGUGAUAAACAUACCUUGCCUUGGCAAAAUAUUCUUAAUAGGAACACAAUACUAUUGUUUUAACCUAGUACAAACUUGAAGUUUGAGGUCACAUACCGGCAUUAUUUUCAUUUGGCCCUUCUUCUUCCUUCUUGAAGACAUGGACGAGACCACACAGGACAGCUCUUCAGAGAACACACCUUUGCCUUCAUCUCCUUCUGCAUCACGUGGAAUGUUUUCAACCAUCAGUAGUGCCGUACAGAACACCGUAAGCAAUUCUAAUUACAAAAAGAGGGGAAAGGAGUGUACUUGUUAUAGAAAGGGGUUUUUUGUUGUUGUUGUUGUUUUGAAAACUACAAUUACGGAAGCCCAAGAAAACACACCACGGAAAAAGUAUGAUAUAUACAAUAUAUUUUUUAAAGUGUUCCAGUAUUUUAAAAUUCUGUCCAAAAGAGUUACCUGCAAAACUCACAAUUUAAUAUGUUUUUCAGUAUAUGUUUUGGAGAUAAUUCUUUUGGAUUGGAUUGGAUUGCCUUUGGCAAAUAUAGGAUUGUAGCCGAUUCUAGUCCUACUCAGAGGAGAUCUGCUGAAAUGAACAGCCAUAGCUAGAUUAGGUCCAUUAAUUACUCUUGAGUAGAUCUCAACUGGAUCCAACCUAUAAUUUAUUUAUUUGUUACAAGCUGCUCCAUAAUUACACCUCACAUGUGUACGUAUGGUAUAACACUAACAAAACAUUAAGCUGCUGUAAUUUGCAUUGUGUUUGGUUUCAGUACUGAGAUCUUUCCCGCUCUGCAUCCAGAGUUCAGGUAUUUGGAGGGAAAUAUUUUGAUUCAACCAUAGACUGGUACCCUACUGUGGAAUGAUGAUGCUGAACAAUGUUCUAUGUGUCAAGAGUUCAGAAUAUGAUCUUCUUAUUAUUACUUGUCAUCUUCCAAUUAUGCCACCCAGUCUCUCUCUUUCAAAAAUAUACUGUGAUAGAGAAGGAAAGAUUUGAAGUAGAAUUUAUUUAUAUCCUAAAAAAGCUGAUACCAUUUCAAUGUAAGACAGCUUUUCUCAUAAGGGUCUGUAGCAUGAUUUUAUAAGUGAGAACUUGGCAGAAAAUUUUAAGUUCCUGGAAACCUGGCAUACCAUGAUGGCAUGAAUGAUUGUCGUACCCUAAUGAAAAUCCAAUCUAUUCCAAGUAUCUCUUAAUAUCUUCAGGGAUAGAAUGGGCAGCUCACCAAAAAGUGGCGUGUACAGCCUUGAGAAUCUGCGUGCCUAGAAAUUGACUCUUCCUGCUUGUUUUUUAUUUUAAAAAAUGUAACACCAUGGGCUUUAUGGGCAGGAUAUGCCAAUUUCAAAGCAAAAAAAAAAAUCCUGUUAGGCAGUUCUCUUUUUAUCCCCGCCUUGUGGGACACAUCAAGCUCCCUAAUCUACCCUGCGGACGACUUUGGAGUUUCUUAUCCGAAGCCAAAAGCAGCUGGACUCAGCCUGAUCUGAGUCUCUUAUCCAAAGUAGCAGAUGCUAGAGCUUUGUUUUGACUGACUAUGUGUUAUAAAUGCUUCAGAGAUUCAUAAACUCCCAAACCAUAUUGAUAGCAAUAGAAGCUGUCAUAUCUGUGAAUAAUGCAGAUGUUUCUAUAACACCUUGUCAGGCUAUAUGUAUGCAAGGCAUGGGAUUGAUCAUCUCAGCCUCAAACAAAGACAGCCUUAGGGCAGUGCAAGCAAUUUAUUAUACAAAGUCUGCUUGCUUGCAGAAUUGGCCAAACAAAGGCUGGCUCUGUGUGAACAGACCAAACGCUUAGUGCUGCCAAUCCGUCAAAAUCAAAGAUGGCAUCCGUUGCCUCGUCCCUCUCAAGUGCUAUGGAUUUGUUUGUUUGCUUGCUUGCUUUGGAGAUAUCUUGCAGAACCUUGUGUGAUCCAGUGAAUAUUACCGUAUUUUUCGCCCUAUAGGACGCACUUUUCCCUCUCCAAAAAUGAAGGGGAAAUCUGUGUGCAUCCUAUGGGGCGAAUGCAGGCUUUCGCUGAAGCUUGGAGAGCGAGAGGGGUCAGUGCACACCGACCCCUCUCGCUCUCCAGGCUUCAGGAAACUAUCAGCAAGCCUGGGGAGCCCGCGGGAGUUCCCGCAGGGCUCCCUAGGCUUCGGAUAGUGGCCUGCUGCCUGGCGCGCUGAAGCCGCGGCUGGGGGGGAAUAAAUUUUUUUUCUUUAUUUCCCCCACAAAAAACUAAGUGCGUCCUAUAGGGCGAAAAAUACGUUAUUUAAAGAUGGAAAUUUAAAUGCCUAUAUUUACUCCCCACUGCUUUCCCUAACACAUUUUGCCUUCAGGGAAUUUCUUUCCACAUCAUGUUUUCUGCCAUGCAGCCUCACCACAUCAUGGCAGAGGAUUCUCAGGAAGGGGGAAAGGUUCUAGGGUGUACCCUCUGUUCAAGUGAAACAUUAGUCAGCUCUGAUGGGUCUCACUAUUGUCUCAUGUGAGCUGAGAUGUCACCCAAUAAAAUGGCCAAAACUCCCCUGUGCAUUGAAAGGGAUGAUCAGUCAUGGAAAGCAAGCUGUCUUUCAAAUAAGUUUAUUUUCCAUUACUGAUCUUCUCACCGAAGAACAAAAAACGAGCCGCUGCCUAAAACAAAAAUUAUAUUAAUAAUUUUUCAUGCCUGUGUUAGUGCUCCCUUGUUCUAUUUUAUUCCACAGAAAGCUUUUCUUUUAAUUAACUUAAUGUGUUUAACUGUGGUACUUUUUCACCUGGAAUCCAUAUUCAAUAUGAGAGAUGACUAAUGAAGUCAUAAAUCCUGCUAUUUGCAAGGGGAGAAAAAGCAGAGGGCUGAGCAGUUAUGAGCUGCGGAUUCAGUGUUCCUAUAUAGCUUUAUAGCUACAUACUUAAAAGGUGUUUGGAACACAAAGCAAACUUAUUUAGGGGCAAAAGCCAUUAAAAUUAAUGGGAUUUGCUUACUUAUGUAUAAUUGUGUUUAAGGUGUCCAUAAAUAAGAUUAUUUCUUCUCUGUUUCAUGCAGGGCAAGAGCGUCUUAACUGGUGGCCUUGAUGCUUUGGAGUUCAUUGGCAAGAAAACUAUGAACGUCCUUGCAGAAAGUGAUCCUGGAUUUAAAAAAACCAAAACAUUGAUGGAACGAACUGUUUCCUUAUCCCAGGUGAAAUAAGUCAAUUUUGAUAAUAAUGCAGUGUUAGAAAGUGGUGUAGACAAUUACGACGACUGUAUAAUUGACUGUGAUUUUGAUUUUUAGAGGAAGGCUCUUGGAGUUUCGAAGAGCCACAUAAAAUCGUAGAAUUGUAGAUUUGGAAGGGACCCUAUCGGUCAUCUAGUCCAACCCCCUGCAAUGCAGGAAUCUCAACUAAAGCACCCAUGACAGAUGGCCAUCCAACCUCUGCUUAAAAACAUCCAGAGGGUAACCACUUAUUCACCAUCAGUAUGAAUGAGUGAGGGUUGCUUAAUAGGCUAUCUUCUAUGUGGCAAAUUUUCACACAAGGGGGGGUUGGACUAGAUGAUCCUCAGGGUCCCUUCCAGCUCUACAGUUCUAUGAUUCCAUGGAGGUCAGCUAAACUAUUGUUCAUAAAUUACGUAACAAAUCAGUGCAGCUACCUUUAAACUCUUAAGAAAAAAAGAAACCUUCCAUUUGAGGGGAGGGGGAAUCUGCACUGGUUCUGUUGCCCUGUUUACACCUGUAUAUUUAUGCUUCGCCUAGAAGCUGUGGUUUGGGACAACUAACAAAUGUAAUAAAUAAUACCUACCAAAGUAUGCCAGGCAGGAAUUCACCCAGAACAGUGUGCUCAUGUUGAACACGCCAUAUUUUCUUCAUCAUUCUGCCAUCCAGCUUUGCUUUUAUCUGACCCCCUCUCCCCCAGCAAUAGCUCACUGUGUGGAAGCAAGGGGUUACAAUAUGAAACUUGUAAUAUAUAUUACUAUCAGUCACACUUUGCACUUUCCACACCAGUCAAAGUGAUAGAUGUCUCCUGUGAUAUCCAAAACUGGCGUGGAGACCCACUAUAUGUUUUCAGGAGUUUGCAUGUGAUACACAGUUUCAUAUCUUACUUCCUCAGUGGCAUUAAUUUGUUGUGUUCUUCGGUGAAGCAUCUUUUUCAAGAACGGCCAUACAGCAUCUUAUAAUCAUGGUUCAUUUAGUAAUUCAUGGUAGAUUUGUUGCUGUUUUUUAACUGUUUAUUUGUGUUCUUAUCUCAUAUUUUUAUUUUGUGAACUGCCCUGAGACCUUUUGAAUGAAUCUAAUAAAUAAAAAUGAAAUAAAUAAAUAAAUAUUUCCAAAUAUGGUGUUUUGAUUCAAUGUCAAAAUAGUUUUUGAGCUAUUUUAACAAUGUUUUGUCAUAAAAUCAAGAGCUAGUUAACUGCUGAAAGAAACAGAGUUUUUAGUUGGGAGGGUACCUGCUGCUGCUCCAAAUCGAUGUUACAAAAUACGAUCAAAGAAUUUAGUUCCAAAGUGUCAAACUAGCUUCUGAUGAUACAGUUGUGAAUUAUACUGAGAAUGGGCUACAAAGAGAAACAGUGUAGUAAGCAGCUGUUAAGUUGGGGUAAGGGUUGGAAUUUUUGCUCUCCAAAGUUAACUGUCCAAAAAAAAGAACAAAAACCAGAAUUCACUAGAGAGACAGCUAGAAUAAUCUCCAGUUUAACUACCAGAAAGCAAAAUCGCAGACAAAAAAAGGUGCAAGCCCCUUAAAAAAAAAAAAGCAACAAGAAGAAGCAAGCUAUAAUCACCACUAAUUGCAAAACUCGUACAGAGAAUACUGUUUAAAAUGUUUUAUUGGACCUGUUGUAAUACAGUGAAGCAUUUUACCUCUGCUGGUAAGAUCUAACUCCAAUUUUUAUUCUUAUUGCCCAGAGGAGCUGGGACUGAAGGUGAUAAAAUUUGUCAAAUCUGCCAUGCAACCAAUUAACCAGCAGCUAUGAUCUAUAUUUCCACAGCUGUUGCGAGAAGCCAAAGAGAAAGAGAAGCAGAGGCUGGCCCAGCAAGUGACAUUUGAAAGGACGGCGCAUUAUGGGCUGCUGUUUGAUGAGUUUCAGGGUCUGUCUCAUUUGGAAGCUCUAGAAAUUCUGUCUAAUGAAAGUGAAGCCAAGGUACGGUAUAUUGACUUUAUAAAUCAAGAUAACAGGGAUGCUUUCUGGGACAUAUUUCUCAAGAAUAUCUCCCAGUAAGAUUGAAACCCUAUCUCUAGCAAGCUCCUUAGGAUCAACAGUUUGCACUUAUUUAUGUAGUCAUUUGAAUUUAUACCCUGUCCUAGCCUGCAGGCUCAGGGUGCCUUACAAUAUUUGAAAUUUCUACACCAUCUCUGGUACAUUGUGCCCCACAGCCACCAACGUUGCAUUCUCCCUAUAUUUCUAACAGCUGCGCUCAUUGCUUCCAAUAAAUAAGUAAAACAUUUCUGGAUGGAGAUAUAUGCAGCUUGUAGGCUUUUGCAGAUAUAGAUACAUACAAGUACAAAGCAUCUCUAUUGCUCUAAAAAGUUCAGCAAUUCAAGACACAACACUGGACCAGUAACACUGACUAACAGACAGAUAGAAUAGCUGCAGACUACUGAGCUAAAAUUUGUUAAUUACACAUAUAGUCAGGGCACUGAGCCGUUACCAUAGUAACUGGCUUGGCGGACCUUGUACCUGUGAUUAGCUCAUCCAUAGGUUGAUUUACGCUCAUGAAGGGAAUUAACUCCUUCUCAUGUUCCGUUACUCCAGCACUAUGCUAUGUAAUGCUACAGUCGUCAUCACGUUGCCAUUGAAGACAGUCCCACAGUGUUGUAUUAGUGCAUCAGUUUCGGUUGGCCAAUGGUAUGGAUGAUGUAGACGCAGUUGGAUGUAUGGCACAAAUUGUUUUUCAGCGCAGAAUAGGGCUGACAGGUGCAACAGGAUACAGCACUUUACCUGUGCAGUAGAUUAAAGUGUCUUCUCCAUCAAUGCAGUUUCAGGGAACAACCAGAAGGAACGAAACAUAGUACUGCUGUUAAAACUAAGGAAAUAUGGCCCCAUACGUUUUGUGGUUAGGAGGCAGCUGGUGAACUAUUUGUACACAGCUCUGAGCUCCAGAUCUGUUCCAGAGGGCCCUCCAACAAUCCAUAACAGAUUUUGAGGGGCAUAUAGGAAGCAGAAUCCUAUCCACAAGCUCUGCCUGUUCCACUGACAGACAGACACCAUUGGAUUUCACCCAGUGAUUGCAAGCUGUGUAGACACUGAAACUGUAUUUCUCCAUUUUUCUUGCACAUUAUGUGCUGCAGAUACACUGAAAUGCUCAGGCCUCUGUGUGUGUGUGUGUGUGUGUGUGUGUGUGUGUGUAUUCAUUCAUUCAUUCAUUCUUCUUUUAGAUACAAUCAUAUUUAACAUCCAUUGAAGGAGAGGAAUUGGAAAAAACAAAACAUGCUUUAAUUGCUAUUAAAGCAGUCUUCCUUCCAGAAGAGUCAGAAAAUGAAGACAACGAAGGAAAGAAAGGUAGCUGCAGAAUUGUCAGCGCAGCACAUGUGUGAUAGAGGACUCUACAUGUUUAAUUAAAAACAAUUAAAUCAGUUAUGAAUGACCCAAUCCUCAAAGUGAUGUUUCUGAAAAACUUUCCCACUGAAGAUACUGGUGUCCAAGUCAAUAUUUAUUUGUUUGUUUCAUAAAAUCAUAUACCACCUGAUUGUUUAAAAAAAGCCACUCCAAAAGGGUAAAACAUUAUCAUAAAGAAUAUAUGCGGCACAAAAUCAAAGAGACUUACACAUGCAUACAUACCUUAGUAGAAGAGUGUACCCACUGUCAGCAGUCUCUAGGGUUAGGAAUAGCAAAACUAGGAAUUAUAGAUCAGAUCAGCAGCAACUCACUGAUGGGUUAGAUCUAGGCACAUUCUGAUGUUGCCCAACCCCCAUGUCAGGCGCGAGGCAGUGCUUCUUAACUGGCAAGUGCUCCCCUCAUUUGCUACUGAGAAGUCAUCCCAAGGGCUUUCACAUCAUCUUGGGGGCCUUGGGGCAGCCAUUUAUUCCCCAGUGCGAGCAGCACCUGACAGUUAAGAAGCCAAUGCCUCAUGCUUAUAGCCGGGUUGGUGCCACUCUCUCUAUAUAAAGCUAUAUCAGAAAUGUUGUAAGACAGGAAAAUAGAAAACUGGUAACCAAUCUAUUACUUACGACAAGAACUGAAAUUGCUUCCAAGUGGAAAGUGGAAACUACAUCUAUUGAAGAAUGGCUUAGAAGGUAGAAUAAUGUGAUGAGGAAACUUACUUAUUUGCUAAGAUUUAAGGAAGAGAGCAAGAAGAAAUGCCUUUAUAAAAAAAUAGAAUUCAUGUUUUUUGGGAACAGACUAUAACUAUCAAAAUAUUUCAAGGGUCGUUUUUCUUGUUUCCUUUUUACUUUUGCAGCAGAUGCGGGAGAUGAGUUUGUGACCAUGCUUACAGAAUUGCUCUUUGAAUUACAUGUUGCUGCCACUCCUGACAAACUUAACAAGGUGGGUGACUUUGUUUGCCUUUGGGGAAAAAGGAUUCUGCCCUUCUUCACCAACACAGGGAGCAUACUAGUUUUAAAUAGCUAGUGUAGCACACCAGGAGGCAGAGGAGUAGUGCAAUUGCAGCUUUGGUAAAGUGGUGGCUGUAAGCAGAGAGUUGUAAUGAAGAAUUAUGAGUUAAACCGAACAUAAUUGGAAAAAGAGGUUAUCUGCCUGCACUGUAAUUAAUAUGUCCACAUAUUGUUCACAUCCAGAAAAUAGGAUUUCUUGGAAAAAGAUAUUAAUUGCACAUUUCAAGUUUGUGAAUCCUUAUAGACUGUUUCUUCACAAUGUGACAUAAAGCUGCUAAUGUUUGAGGCCCAAAAAGUCUAAGUCAAGAAAACCCAAAUUCUUUAUUCAAAAUUAUGCAGGUCAUAACAAGGGGUGAAAUCGGGAAAGAAUGGUGAGACGUUUGGGGAUGUGAAAGACGUUCAAAACAAUGAAGGAAGGAAAAUAGCCACUAGCAUUGUUCUGUGAAUGCUUGUACAAACACUUACAGAAAUAUUCAUGCACUGCUUAAACAGUGGAUGCCGUAGUUUCAUGCUUCCAUGAGACAGUUUUGGCCAGUGAAAAAAAUCAGGCAGCCUCUUUCAUACAGUAUUCAAAAUAUGUCAUUCUAGUGCAUAUUGAAAGAGCAAGUCAUUCUUCAUGCUAGAUUCUCUUUUGUUCUGAUUCUUUUGCAGGCUAGAAAGAAAGCUUAUGAUUACCUGGAAGAAGCUAGACUCCCCGAAUCUACAGAAAAAAUGGAAGAGAACAGAGAAGAGAAAACGAAAGUAGAUGAAGCAAACCAAGAAGGUGAAGAAAAGCCUCAAACAAGGGAAUCUGGAGACACAGAAGAAACAAAGAACAAAACUGUAGAGGUGAGAGAUCAGCAGAUUUCAGUUUGUCUGCCUAUCAUAUUUUGUUAUUACACGUAAGUAACCAUAGUACUAAGGGACGCAGGAGGCACUGUGGGUUAAACCACAGAGCCUAGGACUUGCCGAUCAGAAGGUUGGCGGUUAGAAUCCCCUCGACGGGGUGAGCUCCCGUUCCUCGGUCCCUGCUCCUGCCAACCUAGCAGUUUGAAAGCACGUCAAAGUGCAAGUAGAUAAAUAGGUACCGCUCUGGCGGGAAGGUAAACGGCGUUUCUGUGUGCUGCUCUGGUUCACCAGAAGCAGCUUAGUCAUGCUGGCCACAUGACCUGGAAGCUGUACACCGGCUCCCUCGGCCAAUAAAGCGAGAUGAGGGCCGCAACCCCAGAGUCGGCCACGACUGGACCUGAUGGUCAAGGGUCCCUCUACCUUUUAUUUAACCAUAGUACUGACUUGAGCUGAUUAAGUUGUAUCUGUGUGAUAUAUAGUUUGACUAUUUCCAGGAAUGAAAACUUUCUCUGUCCCAUCUGAAUAUGAUUUCAAAUCAGCUGGGUCACAUCCAUCACAUUUAGCUUGAAAUACUGUGCCUAUUAUGGACUUAAGUAAGUGGGAUUAAAAUACAUUUUCCACAAAUCAGCAAGGAAGAUUCAUGGACACAGCAGACUUAAUGCACAUACAGAUAAGAGUUAGGUGUGCGUCCUGUGCACAUUCACAUUGCAAGGCACAUGCAGAUCCGUUUGAAAUGUCCCUUCCAGAUGUUUUGGACUACAACUCCUACGAGCUGUGCUGACUGGGGUCAAUGAAGUAGUAGUCCAAAACGUCUGGAGGGCACCAGGUUAGGGAAGCCUGCACCAAACAGUGGUAGUUGGACCUUUCUAAAAUGCAUACACAUGGAAAUCCUGCAAACCAAGGUAGGACCUGACUUCCCUUUUCCUAUGGUACUUCCCACCAUUACCUUCUCCUCCUCUUCUUCGUUGAACAAUGCAGUUCAUCAUACUGAGCCUUUUGUUUUUCCUUCCAGGAAAUUUACAUGUUGUCUAUUGAAAGCCUUGCCGAGGUAACAGCCCGUUGUAUUGAACAGCUCCACAAAUUAGCAGAAUUAAUCCUUCACGGACAAGAAGUUGAGAAGCCUGCCUUGGAUCAAGCAAAAGUUCUAACAAAGUGAAUAUAUUGACAUUCUCAUUCUUUCAAUGUGUGUGCAGUGCUUAUUGAAUGAUGCUCCUUGCAGAAGAUGACAUUCAGUAUUGUUUUGUCUUUCUGCUGCAAGAAUACUUCCACUACUGCAUCAUCGGUGGAGGAGUUUUGCAGGUGCUGCAGGUGGCAAAUCCUAUUUUAAACACAUUUCUGCUGGUGCAGCACAUCUCUGAAUUACGUACCCAAGUCCUUGGAUCUACCAGAUGUCAGGAAAUGCAAACAGUCCUAGGAAUUUAGUCAAUUAAGUGUUUGUUAGAAAGUAAUAACUAAUAGAAAGUACAAAAACUAUAAAAUACCAAAUCACAUCAUGAAAUGAAUCAAUUGUUAAUUAUUAACACUGACAAUCUAGAAACUAACAAUCAUAUCAGGACAGAGAUGUGGCAACAGUCAGCUGUUUUUGCCACCCAUUUGGUAAUAGAUUUAUUAGUCUCAUCAAGGAAGAUACUCAAAACAGUAUCUUUAGAUUGACCAGGAAACCUAAUAGAAUCCUAGGAACUGAAAUUGCUUAGAUGCUCAAAAUUCUGUUAAGAGGCUUUUCUAACCUCCUUCAAAGAGUUUCGCUUUUCAGUGUACUAGAUGGUUAAGUCCAGUCAAAGGUGACUAUGGGAUGAUGGAAUCCAGAGCACACAAAAACUCUGUUUACCUUCCCGUCGCAGUAGUGUCUAUUUAUCUACGUACUUGCAUUGUCUUAGCAGUAUGAGAAUGCCCCUAGAAUGCCUUCUUACGUAAGCUGCCAUUCAUUUCAAAUCUAAGAACAAAGGAAACGGCCUUGUACCAAGUUAGACCAUUGGUGUGUGUGUGUUUUUUUAGCUAAGUGUUGUCUAGAGCAGUGUUUUCCAAACUUGGGUCUCCAGCUGUUUUUGGACUACAGUUCCCAUCACCCAUAACCACUGACCUUGCUAGCUAAGGAUGAUGGGAGUUGUAGUCCAAAACCAGCUGGAGACCCAAGUUUGGAAAACCCUGGUCUAGAGUGACUGGCAAUGGAUCACCAGAGUUUCAGACAGGGGUGUUUCCCAGUCCUGUCUGGAGAUUGCAGGGAAUGCAUCUGGAAGUUUCUGCAAGCAACUCGUGUGUACCAUUGCAGAAAUUUUAAGCCUUUUAGACUCAAUAUAACAUUUCUCCUACUGCAUAAAUGAUGUUGCUAUUACUGCUAUUGUUUCUGUAGCAAUAAACAUGUUAAUGUUGGUAUGCCCUUGACAGUACAAUACUCUUAUAAAGAUGUAACAUGGUGCAUAUAUUGAUUACAGCAGUAGCAGUUAAUUCAUCUGUGCUGUAGUGAAAUAAAUAUAUUAGUGAUAUUUCCUUUGUUUCUUUAACAGUUUAACAAGUACAAUGUGUAAUGAAGUUUCUUCCCUGUCGAAAAAUUUUGCUGAUUUCUUAACUUCAGUUGGGGUAAGUUAUUAUGCAUUUUUAUUCAUUUACAAGUCACUUUUUAAUGUCUUGAAGUCUUAUUCCUUGGUUGAGUGAAAGUAGGUACACAGAAAUCCUAUUUCCAUUGAUUAUUGAAUUUCACCACAGAGCCAUAAGCAUAAAAAUACUUGGGGAUCUAUUUUAACUAUGUCCUCUACUAUGUUUGCCCAAGUUUUCGGUCUUCAUUUUCUGUGGUCUCUAGGUGCUGGGCAAGCAAAGUGUGAAUGAGCCCUAGAUUGUGAUAGAUAUUAUGGGACAAGACAAGAAGGUGAGCCCAGGGAAUGGAUUAAAAAAAGAGCAGGUUCUUCUGGAAUGGGGGGUGGGGGAACCCCUGAGAAAUGCAAACAUCCAAGACUGCAACUAAAGAUAGAUCAUGUCUGGACUAGCAACACGAUUUCAAACAUAUUAGUUUUUGAAAGGGACCAUCUUUCAAAAAGAUGAAAAGCAAAGCAGGGAAACUUUUAUUUAAAAAAUAGUAAUUCCAGUGCAGAAUUUCAACAUGCUUCAUUUUUGUUUGAUGGUGGAAUUUUAAACAAGACUCCUGUGAGCCAUUUUCAUCUCCCUUGCAUCAGCAAGCAUCUUUUCAGAGUUUCUUUUAAAAUAACAUAAUUUAAUCAUAUUGCUUUCACUCUGAAUAAUUUAUGCUGGUGGCAAGUUACAGGAAUUUGUCUAUUUCUGCAUUUUCUCCCCGUGUUUUAUCAUAUUUCUCCGAGGCAGUCUUGAUAAAUAUUUAUAUCAAACCCAAAAAUCCAGCGUGAAAUAUUAAUCUGAUCCAACUUCAGAACUAGGCAUCUUACAUGACUUUUAGUUUUGACCUUGGUUCCUCUGCACUUCAACAGUUUUGCUUGAUUUAAUCACAUAAUUUAAAAGAGAUUCAGCUCUGACUUGCUAUGUGUUCAUAGCAAACAAGUCCAUAUAUAGCUAUGCUACCAGACUGGAAGUUGGUGCUGAGCAGCAAAAGCUUUAGCCCUGGAAGUUGGGCAACUUCUUUCUGAUGUGAAUGUGCCUUUUAAUGUGAAAUUUCCUCUCUAGUAAGAGCGUAUGUUUACUAGCCCUCUGAAAGACACCAAGUGAUGCACAUUUUACAGGUGUACAUAUAUUUUGUACUGAGAUGCCAGUAUUUGAAUUUUAAUGUAAAGUGAGUAGAGAUACACCUUGGUCACGUUGAAAUUAAUGCCGUUACCACAUUCAUAACCAGACAUACAGCUGGGACUGCAAAGGACAGGAUGGCAUCUCUCCUAUUCCAUACAGGUGAAACUCGAAAAAUUAGAAUAUCGUGGAAAAGCAGUAAAUGCUGCUGCCUCAGUGUGGUGUAGUGGUUAAGAGUGGUAGUCUCCUAAUCUGGGGAACCGGGUUCGCGUCUCCGCUCUUCCACAUGCAGCUGCUGGGUGACCUUGGGCCAGUCACACUUCUUUGAAGUCUCUCAGCCCCAUUCACCUCACAGAGUGUUUGUUGUGGGGGAGGAAGGGAAAGGAGAAUGUUAGCCUCUUUGAGACUCCUUAAAGGGAGUGAAAGGCGGGAUAUCAAAUCCAAACUCUUCUUCUUCUUCUUCUCAUUGUCCAAGCACACUGAACCAACACCAGCUGAUGACAUGGUUCCCCAAAUCUCUUUUCUGAUGAGAGCAGCUUUUGCAUCUCAUUUGGAAACCAAGAACCCAGAGUCUGGAGGAAGAAUGGGGAGGCACACAAUGCCAGAUACUUGAAGUCCAGUGUGAAGUUUCCAUAGUCUGUGUUGAUUUGGGGAGCCAGGUCAUCAGCUGGUGUUGGUCUACUGUGCUUCAUUAAGUCCAGGGUCAACGCAGCCGUCUCCCAGGAGAUUUUGGAGCACUUCAUGCUUCCUUCCGCAGAUGAGCUUUAUGGGGAUGCUGACUUCAUUUUCCAGCAGGACUUUGGCACCUGCCCACACUGCCAAAAGUACCAAAACCUGGUUCAAUGCCCAUGGGAUUACUGUGCUUGAUUGGCCAGCAAACUCACCUGAUCUGAACCCCAAAGAGAAUCUAUGGGGCAUUGCCAAGAGAAAGAUGAGAGACAUGAGACCGAGCAAUGCAGAAGAGCUGAAGGCUGCUAUUGAAGCUUCCUAGUCUUCCAUAACACCUCAGCUGUGCCACAGGCUGAUAGCAUCCAUGCCACGCCGCAUUGAGGCAGUAAUUGAUGCAAAAGGGACCCAAACCAAGUACUGAGUACAUAUGCAUGCUUCUACUUCUCAGAGGUCCAAUAUUGCUCUAUUUGCAGUCCUUGUUUUGCUGAUUUCAUUUAAUAUUCUAAUUUUCUGAGAUGAUUAAUUUGGGGUUUUCAUCAGCUGUACGCCAUGACCAUCACAAUGAUAACAAAUAAAGGCUUGACAUAUCUUGCUUUGCAUGUCAUGAGUCUAUCUCAUAUAUUAGCUUCACCUUUUAAGUUGAGUUACUGAAAUAAAUGAACUUUUCCACGAUAUUCUAAUUUUUUGAGUUUCACCUGUAUAUAGCAACCAGAGUUGCAGCUAUAGUACUUCAACACUGGCAAUGGGGCAGCAGCAUUUACUGCAUCUGAGAGCAGAAGGCUGGCUUAGAAAGUGGUGGGCAGUUCACGUGGCAAACACUCCUCUGUCCUUCAACAUCUCACCACCGCUCCCUGAUCCCCAGCAUUUGCCACUUGAAGUCGCCACCUCACACUGCCCGAUGGUAGGGAAGGCCCUGUAUACAACUGAGGCCAAAACUGUUGGCGGUGGUUGUUUACAGAUGUGAUUGCUCUUACUGAACUAAUUUUAAGUCAGAUAGCAAGGCCAAGGAAUAACUGCAAGAGGACCAUAUAAACCAGUCAUUAUGUAGAUUUAGAGCAGAUGAGGCUCCCCAGAUUAAUAGCAUCUCCACACAACUGCUAAACAAUGCUGUCAUUUAAUAACCACAUUGUAACUCUGUCCUUCUCACUUCAAGAAAGCAGUUAUUGAGAAACAAUAAAUAUUUUUAUUCUUUAUCGCUAUAGAUCUCCUUCACAGUGUUUGCACUAACUAUUGAUUAUAUCAAUCAACAUUGUUUUAACAGGCAAUCAUUUCUUUAUGUUUCAGUGGCUUGUAUAUGCUGAAAUAAACAAGGGGAUGGGUAUUGGGUUUUUUUAAUUACUGACUUUGAAACAGUAUUGUUGUUUUUAUUAUUUCAGGGCUCCCCCCCCCAAUCUCUUUUUACAAUCUCUUUGGGGCUGGCAUUAUUUUUAGUAAUAAUCAUCACAACAGCUGCAGUAGUAGUAAUAAUAAUAUUUGCUUAACACUUGCUGUGCAUGGUGCUUUAUAGAAUAAUGGUAAAAAUAUAUAUUUUAACCCUGAGGGGCUUAAAAUUUGACUAGGGAAAACAAUAAAUAAAGGGGGAAAGAACUAGUGGGAAUGUAAAUGAAAAGAAUAUGUGUUCCAUUCACACAUAUUUAGCCUUAGUUUCAGUACGGGAUGAAAAAUAAGACUUUAUAAUAAUAUUUUAAUAAUAAUUUUAUUAUUUAUACCCUGCCCAUCUGGCUGGGUUGCCCCAGCCACUCUGGGUGGCUUUCAACACAUAUAAAAACUUAAUAUAACAUCAAACAUUAAAAACUUCCUGAAUCAGGACUGCCUUAAGAUGUCUUCAAAGAGUUGGGUAGUUCUUUAUCUCCUUGACAUCUGAUGGGAUGGCAUUCCACAGGGUGUUCCAUCAUGGACAAGGUAGAUUUGAAGGGAGGCAGAUGUCACCAGGUAGGGGUUCUGGAAGGCAGUGCCCAGCACAAGAGGUAGCAAUGGAUGAGGCCACAUCUUUUGAAAGUAAUGACAAGGAACUUGUGCUGGAUCUGGGAGUGGACAAGAAACCAUUGUGGAGAUUCAAACAGUGGUGGGUGGUGGUUUGGGGUAGCAUGGGGUACGGAUGAAGGGAAAUUGAAGCGGUACCACCAGAGCUAAUCCUACGCUCCUCUUGGUGCAUUUUCAUCAGCCUCCCUGCUGCUUUGCCUCUCUCCUUCCUGGUAAGCAGUAGCCAGUCGGCUAUCAGGAGGUCAGGUGAACACCAUUGCCCCACUGCUGGAUUUAAAGGAGGGAGACUACCAGCAGUGGGCCAGAGAGGAAGAGUGGGGAAGAGACUGAUGAAGCAAUUUCUAUCCACAACCUCACCAUUGGAAAAAUAAACACAGCUCGCUUUCUGGGAUCCAAAGAAAGUUGGUUGUGUUGAAGACCAGUUGAGAUUGCUGAAUAUCGCCAGGAUUUAAGCAAGGCUGAAUUCCUUGGACUUGUUCCACUGUCUUCACAAAGCCUCUAGCAUAUUUUUGUCUAAUCUUUAAAAAAAAACGCCCUUUCUGUAUUUUUGCAUCAAUGAAAAUGGUAUUUUGUAUUUGACACUGAACAUGUGCAUAUUUUGUUUAUACAGUAAGCCAGCACCUUCAGAAUCUCACUCUUCAAAACAAAUGUAUUACUAAAGCAAAGAAAUGUUUUAUUACCACUUUCUCGAUGUGUCUCUAGCAUUAAACCUUGCCUGUGUUUUCAUCUGAGCAGAGUGACAAAAAAGCCGAAGUCCUUAACCCAAUGGUCAACAGCGUACUAUUAGAGGUAAGUGUGCCGCUAUUUUACAUAAGGAACCACUUUGCUGUCUUUUUCAAAUAAAGCUAGCAUACAUUUAUGUCCCUAUGAAGAACCAUAAAAAGUAAUGGUUAUCACUGUAAUUCCGUGCCAUUUCAUAAACAGUGUCAUUGUGCUUUAAUCACUCAUCUGUGAGAGCUUAGCCAUAACAGCCGUGCUGCGUUUUCCAGGAACAUUUGUAAGACACGGGUGAAACGCUUCUUCCUACCUCUUACCAUAAUGCAUUGGAAAGAACUUACUGGACAAUUUACAGUUAGUUCAGUAAGGUAGCUUUGCUUUCCAUUCCCCAAAAAAAAUGCCUAGGAAUAGACUCUGAACCUUAAUAAAGUUUCUGCUGCUCAUAAAUCACUAAAUAUAAUCUCUGAACUAAGAUGAAUGCUGGAGGACGUGCCAUUCAGUUCAAUGGAGCUUGCAUAGACAAGGUUCUCAGUAGGCUGUGCCUAUUUAUUCAUGUUAAAAUUUAUAAAUCAAUCUUCAUCUAGAAAUGAAUUUCAGGGUGGUAUGCAAAGGAAUUUGAAAUUCCAUGUGAAACCAUGAUUGCACUAUAUGGGCCUUUUGCAUUAUUUUGCCUCUAGAAAUCUAUGGUCCCUACAAAUGUUGGUACUCUCAGAAUUCAGACAGCAGAUAACUGGCAUUUCCAUUGCCAGAAGAUCCAAACAGAGCCAAACUAAAGUUUCCAUUAUAUAUAUAUAUAUAAAUUGUAUUCCCCUGGCUGUAAUUCACUAUUGGUUGUUGCUAGGAAAUGGCCAUCAGCCGGCUCCUGUGUCACCUGCAGGAGUGUCUACAAUGUAGGACAUGUAUCUGCAAAUUCUUGGGUAGGAUUGGCUAGUUUUCUUAAAGCUUUUAUAAAUAUAUAUAUAUAGAAAGCAAGACAAUCCUUCGUACCUACUUUCUGUGCUCUGUUUUGAAGGCUUUGUUUUUUUGUCUGUCUGUGACUCAGGAGUUUAUUAUUGAGAUGGGCAGCAUUCCUAGUAAUUAAAGGGUGGUAUUCAACUAAGUGGGGACGCGGUUGGUGCUGUGGGUUAAACCACAGAGCCUAGGACUUGCCAAUCAGAAGGUCGGCGGUUCGAUUGGGUGAGCUCCUGUUGCUCAGUCCCUGCUCCUGCCAACCUAGCAGUUCAAAAGCACAGCAAAGUGCAAGUAAAUAAAUAGGUACUGCUCCAGUGGAAAGGUAAACAGCGUUUCCGUGCGCUGCUCUAGUUCACCAGAAGCGGCUUAGUCAUGCUGGCCACAUGACCCGGAAGCUGUAUGCCAGCUCCCUCGGCCAAUAAAGCAAGAUGAACGCCACAACCCCAGAGUCGGCCAUGACUGGACCUAAUGGUCAGGGGUCCCUUUACCUUUACCUUUAUUCAACUAAGUGUUACUCGAUAAGUAGCCACACUGAAAUUAUUGAAACUUAGGUUAUCGUGUUCAUUAAUUUCAGUUGAUCAAGUCUGAAUAACAGUUAGUUGAACAGCACUCUCAGCAUACUUUUCUUCUUCAAAAUGCCCCUGCUGGUGUGGGGUAGGGAUUUGUAUCAGAGCUGUGGCACAGGGGGAGGAAGGAUUAACCAGAUUGACCUCUGUCAUUUCGGGAAAAUGGGCACGAGAGUGAGGAGUCGUGCCCACAAGUGUUCUCCUCCACAGAUAUUACCGUAUUUUUUGCACCAUAACACUCACUAUUUUCCUCCUAGAAAGUAAGGAGAAAUGUCUGUGCGUGUUAUGGAGCGAAUGCCUACGGAUGGCGGGGGGAUCUGCUGCAGUCGUGAGCAGAGGAUCCAUGGUUCCCCUUCCUUCCCUCCUCCAUGGCUCACUUUGAAACAGCAAAGCGGGAGAAGAGCCGCUGGGGGGGGGGGAGGAGAGGGACAGAGAGCCUGCUUGCUUUAAAGGAGCAAAGCGGGAGAGGAGAGGAGUCUUCUCCUCUUAUACCCCUCUUCUGCAUUAUUAACAGCAUCCUUCUCCACCCACCCCACGCGUGUUCCUUGUCCCUUGAGUGCUUUUCCUUCCCUCCCCACUUAAAACGUGGUUACAAAGCACGGAUCCACAUGGAUCCUCAGGAUUUUUGCAUUGGGCUACCCCAAACUCACCGUCAGAUCACAUGUCUGUGGCCACAGCAUGAACCACAAAAAUCAUACAUCCACUGUUUCGUUUAGAAUAUUUUUUUUCUUGUUUUCCUCCUCUAAAAACUAUGAGCGUGUUAUGGUCGGGUGCGUGUUAUAGAGCGAAAAAUACGGUACUUGCUCUGGGAAAGGAAUUUGGAUUCGGACUGUGACAUUGCGGAGAAAUGGUUGGAAUUUCCCGAGCCACAAACCACAGUCUUCAUCCAUACCAUUUCCCUCACACUGUUUUCUGAAGAAGAAAACCAACCCAAUUAUUUUGCAGCAAAUUCCAGUGUUCUUUAAGCAAAUACGUAAUGUCACAUACACAUGUACACAUGUUCAAAUAACGGUGUGCAUGUGCUUUGGAGCGUCAUCCAGAUUAGAUUUUUAGAUUUCCCAUGUGGACAUGUUUAUGGCAUCAUCAUAUUAUGUGCUUCCUGCGGCAGUGCAUAAUGAAUGUAUCUCCCCCCCCCUCAAGCUGAAAGCAGGCUGCACUGAUUUCAAGAUAAGUGGGGUUGAAAGGCACUGAAAUAUGAAAUACACUGCAAUAUUAACAUACAUUUUCUUUCUUCCUUAGGGUUGUAACAGCACCACUUACAUCCAAGAUGCUUUCCAGUUAUUGCUUCCAGUUCUCCAGAUCUCUCAUCUCCAGAAUGACUGUUCAAAAACACUACAAUGA